CUUAAAGCCUCGGAAGUGUCAUUUUUGGACUUGAGUGAAAACUUGGGCAUAUCGGUGUGGCGGCGGCUUCGAGCUGAUUCAUAACUCUCAGGAAGAAAUGGCCACCAGAAAGCACUAAAACAGCAGGCCGGGAGGAUGUCUGUGGAGGUGGACGUGUUGCUGCAGGAGGCAAAGGAAAGCAUCGAGGCGGCGCAGAACUACCGCAGCGAACUCCAGCAGCGCCUGCAUGGCCUCAACCAGGCCCGUAAACAGAUUCGAGGCAGCUCGGGUCAGGCCCGCGAGACCCUCCGGAAGCACUUCGCCGAGCUGCAGGCGGCGGCUACUCGACUGCUGGCGGAGCGGCUGGCUAACCUCCUGACCGAGGUCGACACCAUCGAGGCCGACAGCAUCAAGCCGCUGGACGACUGUCAGAGCCUGAUCGAGCACGGCGUGGGCCAGGCCGACGAGCUGCUGAGAGAGGGAGAAGCAGCUCUGCGAUGUGGCCUCGGAGAAAAGGAGGACAAGCUGGGCAGCUUCACGAAGAAGGCCAUGCACAUCCAGCUGGACAGCCUGCCAGAGGUUCCAGCGUUGGUGGACGUGCCGUGUGUCUCAGCCCAGUUUGACGACUCCCUGCUGAGCCUGCUGAGGGACCGGGUGGCUCGCCACGGCGCCGUCUCCUCCCACCCGCCCGUCCAGAUAGAGGAGCUGCAGGAGAGACCAGGCAGCAUCCUGGUUCGCUGGUGUAAGGUGGACGAGGACUUCGCGGCUGCAGAUUAUCGGCUGCAGUACCGGCGCUCCGGCAGCGGGGGGAGCCAGUAUGAGGACGCCUACAUCGGGCGGGAAUCGGAGUUCCUGGUUCUCCACUUGGACCCUCACACGGAUUAUUUGUUCAGGGUCUGCGCCCGCGGGGAGGGUCGCACCGAGUGGAGCCCCUGGAGCAUCCCGCAGACGGGCUACACCACGCUGGCACCGCACGAGUGGCGUUCAGGGACCGAGGGCUACAUCCUGAGCAGCAGGAAGAACAUCGCUCUGCGCAAUGACUCCUCCCAAUCGCGCUGCCAUGUCCUCUACUCCAAAGCGCCCACCUACUUCUGCGGCCAAACGCUCACGUUCAAGAUCUCUGCAGCAGGUCAGAUGGAUCGGAGGGACAGUCUGGGCGUGUGCAUAGACAGCGAGAGUGAGGAGGAGUCACUACAGCGGGACCAGGCUGUCUGCAUUUCCACCAACGGUGCCGUUUUCGUCAACGGGAAAGAGAUGACCAACCAGCUGCCCGCCGUCACCGUUGGCUCCGCCGUGACCUUUGACAUGGAGGUGGUGAGCCUGUUCCCCAUCAGCAACAACAACACGAGCGAGGGCGGCAACUUCAAGCUGAGGGUGACGAUCGGCUCGGGGAACCGCGAGGUGGUGUUCGAUUGGCUGGUGGACCAGCCGGUGGACUGCCUCUUCUUCGGCUGCUCCUUCGCCCACUCCGGCUGGAAGGUGCUCGUGUUUUAAGACGCCGGCUCCUCCAAAGUCCCAGUCCAAACAUUUCUGCUCCUCUUUUUUUCACCUCACACACACAAAAAAAAGCCGCUCGCACGUCUGUUGGGUUGAAGCUCAAACUGCAGCUCCUGUCUUCGGCUCGCUUCUGCAGUGACGGUUUCUGCUGUUUGUAAUCGAGUCCGUGGACAGAGUUUCAGUCUGAGGACUAACUGUCCACUCUCCUGCAGUCCUCUCACUUUCUGAGUAACACUGAUUGAGCUCAGCCGUCUUCCAUCUGCACAUUUACCCAGUGAGGUCUCAUCUUCACACCAAAUGGAGGGUGAACCACUUUGCAGCCACUCAGAAGCCCACAGCAUUCACCCUGAUAUCACGUUACAUGGUUUACCCUUCACUUUUAGAAACCUCGAGUGGCAGCCACGACCCUCUGCAAAGCCUUUGUUUGAUGUGGACGCACUAUUAAGUCAUCAGAGAUAAUGAGAAGUAGCUCGAGCCCCUAACCCUGAGGUUUGGACAUGAUUAAAAGGACUGUGUCGUUUUUGGCGUUUGACUUCUGAGAAAAUCGCAUAAUUUCAUAGCACAGGGUUACUAUGGUUACUACAGGUUAGGGUUACUUGGACUUCACGGGUUAUAGAGGAGGAUAAAACCAAAACCAGUAAAAGUGCUGAGGAAUCAGAUUGUAUCCAUAAACCUCCACGUGGCGUUUGGGAACAGCAACCACACGUUGGCAUCGAAUAAAAAUGGCUCGUUCAGAAUUCUCUGACCAAUCUGAUCCUUCAGAGCUGCAGCACAGAAACAUCUGAGCUGAAGCUCCAUUUCAGGACCUUUACAUGUUAGCCUGCGGUUAGAGUCCUGCAUGAAAUCAGACGAAUACAGUGGCUAAAAGUGAUGAUUAUCAGGGCCAAGACCUGCAGUUCCUCCAACGUCCACUAGAUGUCUCCAAAAGUCCCCAUAGACUCCCAUGUUAAAAAUGUGCAACUUUAAAGCGGAAAUAAACAUGUGUACAGCCUGAUACAGAAGCUGUUUUGGUCUCAGUGCACAAUUUUUCCUUCAUAACAUAUUUUUUAACUCAUUUAGAUUUUGUUGAGGCUUAAAAGCUGACAGACAGCAGGCUGUGAACACGUCUAUUUCUGCUGUACAGGUGGACAUUUUUAACAUGGGAGUCUAUGGGGACUUCUGACUUGAUCUUGACUCUAACCUCGGUCGCCUGUGUGACCGGGAUCAACAUGUAGAAAUCCAAAAUGUGACGCUGAGGCUUUAAAAUGAAAUCUGAAUCAUGCGUCCCAAUUUCACAGCUGAUGACUGAUUUCUGGCUGACAGGUGGCGCUCUGAGCGUUUCAUUCUGUUUUUGCUUUUUUAUUUUUUUUAGUUACAUGGUUACUUUUGAGCUUGCUGACAGUAUUUAAAGCAGGAGGAGGGCGUCAAACGGCAAAUGAUCCGUUAUCAUUUCUUUCAGCAGCCAUUUUAACAAAACAGUCAACUAAACGGAGUAAAGUCUGUGGUAAUGUACAGGAAGUUUCCCCAUGGUUUUUCCUGCCCUGCCAAUUUUUUUUUCAUGCUCAUGUUUGCACUCUGGUGGAGCAGAGGACCUGAUGUGGUUUAAAAUGUCUUCAGAUGUCUUAACAUUGCGAGUUUUCCUGCGUAGCUUUUUGUUUUUACAUACGUGUUCUGCACACACCCUGUCAUAGGAUUUAUCUGCUGCAACUGCUCACUUGUCUUGCUUUUAUUACUCGUCUGGACACAUUUCAGCCGCCUGGCGUAAUCUGUUAUCAGCUGAUACAAAGACAGGCCAGGACAGCUUGUUGUUCACAGAUGUUCUCCUGUUUUCCUGCAGAACUGAGCACAGUGUUACGUGUUUUUAGAGAACUGUGGGACUCUGGAUUUGGUCCAGUUGAUGGUACAAAAGUCCUGAAACCAGCAACCUCAAAAAACCCUCCUUUUAUUUUAUUUUUUGUCUGAAGGUGGAGGAAACAAACCUGUUUGUGUCAAAGUCACAUCAGUGACACCUGCUGGUCAAACCUUUGUAUUGCAUGUGUGUUCACUGCUGGGCUCUUCACAUUGUGUUCAAUAAAGGUCAUCAUGUGAUUCUCAGUUUUGAAAA